AUGACCAGUGGCACCGACUCGGUGCAGUGGAAUAUUUAUGGCAAGGCCACCGAUAUAGAGAACCGUAUCAAUAAAUCAAAGCUUCAUUUUGUGUAUGAUGGCGCCGGUCAGCGGAUCCAGAAUGGCGACUAUGUGCAAGGCAACAAAGUAGAUCAGCGAAAGUACUAUCAUACCACCGUCAGGAAGUACUAUAUGACGCUUUCGGAAAAGGAUAUGGAGGCAUUGGCGCAGAAAAUGGCACUCAGAACCAGUAGCGUAAAACCGGGCAAUUAUGCCAGUGUACUCAUCAUUCCUAAGGAUACCGUAAAAAUGGUGCAACUCUCCGCGAUCACCACCGUUAAUGGGCAGGCCUACAAGAUCACCAGUAAAGCCAUCCUGGUAGAGCCGGAAGAUAUUUAUCUCAAUGGCAUCAUCCUGGUAUUUGCCUGGACCUUCGUGUUCCUGCUGGCGCUGGUGGUGGUGCUCAGUGAAGUGCUUUCCUGGUAUAUUCUUAAACCCUUUAAUGAUACGCUGGAAGCCAUCCAGCAAUUCCAGAUCAACCAGGAAAAAACCAUCGCCGUCCAUGAUACGCAGACCUCCGAGUUUAAAGAGCUGAACGCCUUCCUGGUAAAAAUGACCAACAAGGCCAGGAGCGACUAUAUAGCCCUGAAAGAGUUUUCAGAAAAUGCUUCUCAUGAAUUGCAAACACCCAUUGCCACCAUGAAAGCAAAAAUAGAGCUGCUGAUGGAAACCCCGCUGGAAGAACGGCAAUUAAACACCCUCUCUGAAAUUCAUAAUGAGCUGGAACGCGUGUCCCGCAUCAAUCACUCGCUGACCCUGCUGGCCAAACUCGAACAUUUUGACCUGGAUACUUCGCAACAAGUCGACUUCCGGGAAUUACUCCAGGAAGUUUUGUCCCGUUUUGCCGAUUGGAUAGAAAUGAAGGAUAUCAAGGUGACCAGUAAGGUAAACGUCGCUGUUGCCAUCAUGAUGGACGCCUCACUGGCGCAGAUGGUAUUGAAUAACCUG